CUGGAUAAUUGCUGCCCUUAUUUGCUGUUUUUCUCCGCGAGCAAAUCAGUAAAGGAUCUCAGUUCUUUAGACAGUGGACAAGAGUGCAGGAUUAUUGUACUCUGAGGAAUACAAAGGUGGAUUUAUUCAAGGACACAGUGAGAAAUCCUGAGCCAAAAUGGGCAUGAAAAUUUGUGGACCGAAGCUGUCGGCUUGCUGCUCUGUGAUCAGUACAUGGGGAGUCAUCAUGCUGGUCCUAAUGGGUGUCUUCUUCCGAGUCAACUCUGUCGCGUUGUUUGAAGACCUCACACUUGAAAGCAACAAGACCCUCACGAGAGCAGAGCUUGAAGAGGCUUAUACUGAGGUUUCCAAUAACUGUUUCAUUGCUGCCGGUCUCUAUGUACUAUGGCUUUUCUUCUCCGUCUGGCAGAUGCAUGUCAACAGCAAGGAGCAAUAUAAUGUCAGCUAAAAACAGACACUCCUCUUGAAUAUGGUACUACCGCUAUCGGGUCACACUGACUGAUUUCUCGAUUAUUCGUCCAGAGAAAACAGCCAGUGUAGAAAAGGGGGCAGGGCAUGCAUUGAAGAUAAGGGAUGGAUUGAUGUUUUCUCUAGUCUGAUAAUAAGUGGAGAUUGUGUACAUCUAUAGGCACAUGUGUGUACCAAUAUAUUCAGUCAUGUCAUGUAUAAAUUCAGGUCUUUAUAACCAAGAAGAAAUUGGUCAUGCACCUGGGCCGACUUGUACUUGAAUUGGCACAUGUACAUGUACACGGGUCAGCGUCAUUCUAUACUGUACCUUUAGGAUCAUUGUCACAUCUAGCCAAAGACUGAAGAGUUACAUUCACAGUGAACAUACAGCAGACAGGCAGUCUGGUAGAUGGAAGACUGAAAAUUAUCCCUGUGCAGGCAGAUGAAGGCGAACAUGGAUGCAUAGGGGAACUUUAGGAAAGGCUGUCGUAUACUAGCACCUACCUGUCCAUGUAGAGUGUGUACUAAUAGAUUUCUGUCCACGUGAAGGGCAAUAUUUGUGCAGAAAGUUUUUCUACAUAUGUACAUGUGCAUAUCAAAAAAGUGUACUGUUUUGUUCACAAGGGUCAAUCUGUGUUUUUUUGUCUCCCCGUUACACCCGGCCCGAAUGAUUAGGCUUCGAAAAUUCCCCUGAAAUUAACAUCACAUUGCUUUCAUUUGAUUUGCAUGUAUUUUGCAUUAAUAACAUACAUAUGUAAUCAAUCUUGAAAAUUUAACAAUGUGAUUUAAAGUUAGAAAAUCAUAUGCCAGAUAUGACACAGAGGCAGAAAUAUUGGACCCCAAAUUUAUAGAAUUUCCCAGUUUAAUAGAGAUUUCUACAUCUGCAGCAAACUCUGCUGUAUUCUGGAUUGAAAGAUAGGUGUGAUUUGUUAUGCUCAAGUUAUGGUGAACUUAAAUAUGCAGUAUUACAAUGUAUGAGAAUACUGCUUAUGAUGGGUAAAGUGAAGUAAAAGUUCGCUAUAUGCCAGUGAUAUUAAAAAUAAAAAUACAUGUAUAUACAUGUAAAUUGAAAAUGGAGACUGUGUGGCGAUGUAAUAUACACGUAAUAUGUACAAAAUGUAAGCGUGAUCUAUAUGUGGUUGUAGGGGUAAUUGAGUUGAAAGUACAGUACAUGUAAAUGUAUACGUAAUGACCCUACAUGUACGUGUGCGUCCGUUAUUCGGUACGUGGAAUAUUGAAUCACGUGUGGUGCAGGUGAUAUAUUUUUUAGCGUAGGAUAACUUUCUUGAUAAAGGAAACAGAUACAACUGUUGGCUUUCUCUUGCUGUCUUGUGGAACUUGUAUUGACCAAUAGAAGGUUAGAUAUUUGUAUAUUGCAAUUUCAGAGGAUGAAAUUGUAUCCCUAAUCCUGUUUGAAUGAUUAAAGAGAAUCCAAUCAAAUUGCUCUACACUGUACAUCAGAAAACUGUAGCCAACACCUCCCGAAGAUGUGUGUAGUACUCCAGCCUCCAGGCCUUGAAGUUGGCCAUGAUCCAAUACUCAGAUCAGUCAUAUUGUCAGAACUGAUCCCAUCAUUCGUUGAUUAAAUACAGCGGCCCUGGAUGUAAAGUCUGUGAACAAUUUGAAGAUGUUCCGUUCGGCGUUAUCAUGUCAUCAGGAAAUGACCAAAUGUGUAGUCUGUCAUUUCCUACAUGUAUGACCGGUUUCAAAUCCUUUACCAUGGUCUACUAUUUUAAUUGUACACGCAUGUGGUUAGUUCGGGAAUGAUUCAUGAUUGUUGCUAAGACAGUUUGCCUGAAAAGAUUACAUUCACGUACAUGUACAGUACAUGUAAUGUACAUUUCUUUGACAAGCGUUACUCCACAUGUAUUUAUGUCAUAAAUUUUUGAUUUUUUUGAAGUUACAUGCAACACAACUGUGAGAAUUCAGUAUGCAUAUAGUGUAAUUCGACUGGCAGAAUUAGAAGCCAUUACUGCAGUAGCACAACGCUCGUGCACAGGUGGUACGCGCGC